AUGCCAUUCUAUCAAAUGUUAUGUAUAGCAAGUCACUUCCGGGAAUAUAAACACAUCAAGGAGCUCGUUACCAUGUCCGCAAAACAUAUAAUGGACCAAGGUGGUGUGGUGCGGAAUGUCGAGUACUGGGGGACUCAGACACUUCCGCAACCCAUGCGGAGGCAUAGACAGGUAUAUACCAUCGGAGAUUACUGGACGAUGUACUUCGACACUUCACCUCACGGACUCAGAUCAUUGACUGGCGUAAUUCGACGGGAUCCCCGCGUGAUACGGUGGACGAUGCUCAAACAGGGGGACAAAGUUGGAGACGUGGUACUUCCACGGGAAAAGACUGUAACGCGCACUGACUACCUCAACCCGCCGAGGGAUGGCUCCACCUCGUGGUCCGAACUUGACAUUUGA